AUGGGCCGUACACCGACAACUGUACCGCGUCGCACGAGGCGCAAGUAUUCGUUGGGUUUGCUGAAACAGAUAACGGAAAUGGGACGCGGCAGUAAACUUACUGUCAAGGAAAUCUCGGAGAAAACCGGCGUUUGCCGAGCUGUAGUCGGUCGACUGAAAAAGUCGGGCUUCGUGGACCUGGACCCUUUGGGUAAGUUUAGUCUUGGCCAGUUUCGUCGUCGAGCGGCGAAAUACGAAACGGUGGAGGCGAAGUUAGAGGCGUGGUUUCAGACGACGAGAUCGCAGAACUUGCCGGUGUCUGGACCGCUGGUACAGGCAAAAGCGAAGCAGAUCGCUCGAGAUUUAGGCAUUGACGAUUUCAAAGGCAGCAACGGUUGGCUGCACCGGUUCAAGCGUCGUCUGGAAGCGAUGCACGACGCCGACAGACGUGCCGAAGAUGAAGCUGUCGAACGUACGUUACACUGGCAAACCAACGUGCUCCGGACCGUGUUCGACGAAUACACCCUGGAGGACAUAUUCGUCUGCGAGAGCACAGUACUGCUGUAUCGUUGUUUUCCUGGUGAAGUAGCGAAGUAUUACCAUCGCAUCGAGGCGCAUACCGUCCAGUCAAAGGACCGACUGUCGUUGCUGCUGACUGCAAACAUCAUGGGUAUAUAUUACGAGUUUGCGUUAGUUUGCAUAUACGUUUGUGUUGUGUUUAUUUGUUUUUUAUUUAAUGGUUACACCUAAUG